GUGCGGGCGGGCGAUGGCGGCGGUGCGGGCCGCGCUGCUGGCGCCGCUGCUGGCGCUCUGCCGGGCCGGGCCGGGGCCUGCGCCCGCCGCUCGCGUCGAGGUGGCGGUGACCGGGCCCGGGCCGGGGGACGGGGAUGGGGCCGGGAGCGGGGCGGCGGCGGCCGGCGGCUCCUACACGCUGCGUGGGGCCGUGCUGGGCGGCCGCGGCGGGCCCGGCCGAGGGGCUCCGCGGGAGGAGGAGGAGGAGAUCCGCGGCCGCCUGCUGCUGGUGGGAGACGCGGAGCCCGAGCUGGGCGCUGCCGACAGCUGGAUUGGCGUGGUGCCCGUGGGCGAGGAGCCGGCCGAGGUCCCCCGGGGCGCCAAGGAGGAGUCCUUCACCGCCGCCGUCGUCAGCAAGAUGAAGCGAGCCCUGGUGCUGGGGGCUUCAGCCCUGCUCAUCCUGGCGCUGAACCAGAACGCCAUCCGGGAGCUGGAUGUUUCCCAGCUUCUUGCCAAGCCUGUGAUCGUGAUCCAGUCCUCGGACAACGUCACCAAGCUGCUGGGAGCGCUGCUGCGGGGGCUUCGGGCAACGGCGAAGAUCACGUACCAGGCGGUGCUGCUGGAGAACCUGGGAGUGACCCUCACCCUGUGGUCGACCUGCGGCCUCUCCCGAGGGGGUCUCUACGGCGAGUGGCAGGGGGUCAUCUGCACGGGGGAGAACAGCUCGCAGGUCCAGAAGUACCUCCAGCAGCUGUGGAACACCAUCCUGCUGAUCGCCCUGCUCCUCUGCACCGGGGUCAUCGUGCAGGCCCAGCGGCAGUCGCGGCAAGAGCCGUCGGAGCAGGAUGCCGAGCUGGACCUGAAGCAGCACAUUCGGCGGCGGCUGUCGGCCCUGAAAACGCGGCGGUACCAUCCUGGCAAACCGCUCCAGAGCCGGGGCUGCGAGAUCGAUAGCUGCGCCGUCUGCUUGGACCAGUUCCACAAGAGUCAGUGGCUGCGGGUGCUGCCCUGCUGCCACGAGUUCCACCGGGACUGCGUGGAUCCCUGGCUCCUCCUGCAGCAGACCUGCCCUCUCUGCAAGCGCAACAUCCUGGGGAACUGCUGCACCGAGAGCUAGCUGGCCCGACGGACGCGCUCCGGGGACAGACCCAUCGCCGCUCCGGGGAGAGGGAGGGGGGCAAGGGGUGCUCAGUAAGCGGCGCUCGCUGCCGGAGCGGCUUCGGCGCGGCUGUGCCCGUCGCAGCGCCCGGCCAUUUGGAGAGUGAAGGGUCUCGGGGCUCUCCCUGCUGGGCGUGAGUAGAGGGGUGGGGGGGGUCCAGACGGCCAGUGCCAGGGGGCUGUGGGAGCGGGUGCUGGGAAAGGACACUACGGGGGGGGGCACCCAUGGGUGUAAUGAGUUGGGGCACGCAGAGCCCUGGCCUGGCUGCACUCCUUCCCUGCUUGUAGUAAUUUUUCUAAGUCUUUUUUUGUGGGUUUGUUGGGUGGGUUUUUUUUUUUUUUUAAAUCUAUUUUCUGAUGGCUGUGACAGGGUGGGCUGAGCCCGGCUUGGGGCCAUCUUGCACCCGGCGUGAGCCUCUCUGCCCCCCGGGUGCCUUGGGUGGCAGAUCUGCCGGGGACGGGGGUGGCAGGGCUGCCGGGCGACCUGUCGCAUCGCCGCGGGAGGGCAGGGGGAGUUGAACGCUUUAUUUAUACUAACUUAUUAGAAAGGACGGCACGAGUCAGCUGCAGAGACCGAACACGGGGCUUGUUUGACCAAACGUGUGCCGCGGUGGCCGGGGACUCGCCGUGAGCCCUGAGCGGCUCCUGUUCCACGCGGCGGACAGAGUCUGCUGGGCUGCAGCAUCGCGCGUGUCCGUCUCUAUUAAAUACAGAGCAAGGA